GCUGUAGCGCAGUAACACAGUUCAUCUUUGCUGUUGCUGUUCAUUGCUGCUACUAAACAAAAAUGACACUUUGUCAGUAUUUAAGAUAAAUAACAGUUUGUCUUUAUCGAGUGUAAAAUUCACCAUCCCCUAGUUAUUUAUUUAAUGACUGUUUAUAAUCUAGAUAAUUGUAGUUGAUUUGAAAAUGUUUAUAAUGUCGGCAAAUUCAGAGGGACAUUUCUCGACUCUCGUGUCAAAUAACACAUUCUUACGUAACGAAUUAUUUUCGCAAUGAGACUGAUAAUCGUUGAUAGAAAACCAAGUCAAGUAAACGAGGUAAACGUAGAGAAGUGUAAUUCUGUAAAGUUAUUAAUGGCUCUGGGUGUAAGCCAGCCAGGAAUAUACUGUGUUCUCGAGCAGUGACCCUUUUUUUCUUGUUGGGCCACCCCCCAAUGGUAAAUAUGAUUUCAAUUAUUAUCACUCCCUUCUCAAGAAGCUCUUAAUUUAUGUGAGGAUAUUAAAGUAUGACAGCAGCACUUGUCAUGGACACUGUCAACUGGGAUCCUUCUUUGUCAAAGUUAUUGAACUCUCUGGUGGAAAGUAAAGCGGAUAUUCCAAGUUGUACAGAUGAGGAAUUUGGAUUCUUGAGUGAACUUUUGCAGUCUAAAGAACUGAAUGCUUUGGUCAAGGUUCAUAAUAAAGUUUUGCACAAUAUUAAGGAUGAUAAGUUUUAUCCAAUGCUUUCAAAUGCGAUGGAUAUCGACGUCGAUGUCCUCGAGGUACUUGCGACGAAGACGCACGUAUCCCAAGACUGCAGAGAACUUUUUCAACUUUUACAAAGACCACAUAUUCAGGGUUUAUUGUGUGCUCACGAUGCAGUUGCUCAAAAGGAUUAUUAUCCCAGGUUACCGGAUAUUCCAUUAGAAGUCGACGAGGACGAAGAAACAGUAAAAAUUGUGCAACUAGUUAAAUCGAAUGAACCCCUGAGUGGUGAUGGCGUUGAACCGAUUCUGGGUGCAACAAUAAAGACUGACGAGGACACUGGAAAAAUUGUGAUAGCACGAAUAAUGCACGGUGGUGCAGCAGAUAGAUCCGGUUUAAUUCACGUUGGUGACGAGGUGUGCGAAGUCAAUGGAAUCAGCGUUGAAGGAAAAACACCGAAUUGUGUUCUAAAAAUAUUGCAAAAUUCAGAAGGUACAAUUACUUUCAAAAUUGUACCAGCGGAUAGCAAAGGCGGAAUGAGGGAAAGCAAGGUUCGUGUUCGGGCGCAUUUUUCCUACAAAGCAGCCGAGGAUCCACAUACACCCUGUAAAGAAGCCGGUCUUGAUUUCUCCAAAGGAGAUGUCCUUCAUAUAGUCAGCCAAGAUGAUAUCUAUUGGUGGCAAGCUAGAAGAGAAGGAGAUCGAAACAUGCGUGCAGGAUUAAUUCCAAGUCGAGCGCUCCAGGAACGUAGGAUCAUCGUCGAACGACAACAAAAAGAAAAAACCGACGAGGACACAAUAAGCUUGUGUUCUGUUCCAGUGCCUUUGCCUGCCUUGUGCCCCCGUCCCAGUAACUCUUUGCACGACUCGCCUACAAAGUGCAAUUUACAAGGAAUUAAAACUAAAAAAAUCAUGUAUGACGCUGCAGAGAAUGACGACUUUGAUCGCGAAGAGAUUCCAACUUACGAGGAGGUGGCGAAACUCUAUCCAAGGCCCGGUCUCUAUCGACCUGUGGUUCUCAUUGGACCGCCUGGAGUUGGACGCAACGAGCUCAAGAGAAGAAUCAUGGCCAGUGAUCCUGACAAGUACAAAACCCCCGUGCCCUAUACUUCGAGACCGCCGAGACUAGGAGAAGUGAACGGAAAGGAGUAUCACUUCACUUCGAGGGAGAGAAUGGAGGAGGACAUUCAGGCUGGAAAAUUCAUCGAGUACGGAGAGUACAAGGGCAAUUUAUAUGGAACUAAUACGGAGAGUGUGAGUUCAUUGGUCGAUGCUGGAUAUGUUUGUCUAUUGAAUCCCCAUUAUCAGGCGCUGAAAAUGUUGAGAUCGCAAAAAUUGAAGCCAUAUGUGAUUUAUAUCAAGCCACCGAGAUUCGAAAUUCUCAAGGAGACGAGAAACGAGGCCCGUGCAAGAUCCACUUUCGAUGAAAAUAAUUCCCGAGGAUUCACGGACGUGGAAUUCAAUGAAAUUCUACACAGCGCAGCGAGAAUAGAAUUUCUCUAUUCGCAUCUUUUCGACGAGGUGAUCGUGAACGCUGACUUAUCAAUGGCCUUCGAGCAACUUGUAAACGCAAUCCAGCGAGUAGAGACGGAUCCCCUUUGGGUGCCUGCGUCCUGGGUCCAGUAAAUUAUGAUGAUGAAUAAAAAAACUCAAUCAUUUCUAUUGAAAACAAAAAGAAAUACGGAGAGAUUCAAUUCGACUGCUAACUCUUUGUACUUGAAGAAUUCCACUGAAGCAAUAGGAUUUGAGAUUUAAGCAAGGAAAACAGAAAACUACGUUCGUAUCAUUUUAUUUUCUUUCUUUUAUGCAUUAUUCUUUUCUUAAUCAGUAUUUUAUUCACAAAACGUGUUUUUUCUAGUGUCUUGAUUAUUUUCGUGUAGAAUAGAAUCACUCGACGUUUCUGCAAAAAAGAAAACAAAAGAAAUUAAUCUAGAUUAAGUAGGAAAUUUAACUAGGAACUGAUUGGAGUGUUUUAGACUUCUCAAAAUUCGAGUCAUUCCAAAAGAUUUUUAUCUUAUAAAUUACCGAGUUAUUAAUUUUAAUAAUUAGAAAGACAUUUAUUUAUUGAUUGAUUGAAUAAUUUGUAGAAAUUAGUUGACUAUAAUUUUAAAAAAAUUUAACUCUUGUACCUUGAAUAAGAGAAUGUCGAGAAUUUAAUUAAAUUGGGAUGAAAAGAUUAAUUUCCAGGUCAAAUUGGAAUGACUUUUUUAAAAAUGGAUUUUCGAAAUUACAAAUUCCAACUUUUUCAAGCAAAAGGAAAAUUGAAAUUUAUCUCGAAUUAAUUGUUAAUUAUAUUAAAGCUUUCAAGUUUUAAAAUAUUUUUAAUUUAAGUUUUUAAAUUUUCACGAAAAAAAUACAAACUUUCAGGUUUUAAAAUAAUAUUUAAUGAGUAUGAAAGAAAGGAAAAAAAGGACAAAACUAAAAAAAAAAUAUUUAAAGAAAAUAGGGAAUAAUUUUUAUCCUUCCCUGUGUUUAGAAAAGAGUAAAGUAUCAUCACUGCCAAAUUUUAUCGUUCGUUAAAAACAAAAUAAAUAAAUUUUGAGCGAAUGGCGAUCGUUUCAUUAUUGAUACAUAUUACUCUACUACUAAGGAUAAUGUUUAAUUCCGAUUGUUGUUAAUUGUUGCCAAAUAAAAUUAAACUAUACUAUAAAUAUAUAUAUUUGUGUGAGUGUAUAUGCAUUUAUAGUGUAAAUAAUAUUAUAUAUAUAAUAAUAUGAAAUUGAAAGAAAAGAGAAAUAUGUCCCAUAUUGUAUUUUCCACUCUGCAAUCAUUAUAAAAAUUAUAAUAAGCUAUUUUCCAUAUUGCAAAUUGACAUUGCAGUAAAUUUUAGCUCAUCCUCAAUGUACACGCUAUAUGUUAAUGAAAUAUAGAAUUAAAAA